AUGUACCAUCGCCCUGAUAAUGGAAGAACGGUAAGAAUUCGAAACUUAGAUGUUGAUAAUAGGUGGGUUGUGCCUUAUAACCCUUUCCUAUGUAAAAAAUAUAUGGCACAUAUAAACUUGGAAGCGUGUGUGUCAAUUAAAAGUGUUAAGUAUUUGUAUAAAUAUAUUUACAAAGGUUAUGAUACUGCACACAUAGAAAUCAAUGAGCGGAUCGAUCAUGAUGAAGUAACAACAUUCUUAGAUGCCAGAUAUGUGUCUGCACCUGAAGCAACUUGGCGUCUCUGUGAAUUUCCUAUGCAUACUCAGAGUCAUUCCAUCAUAAGACUUCCUGUUCACCUUCCAAAUCACCAACAAGUGUUUUUUAGGGAAGGCAACGAGGCUGUUGCUGCUGACAGGGCUGAAAAUUCUAAGACGAUGUUAACAGCCUGGUUUCAAUUAAAUCAGUAG